UGUAACUAAAACAUUAUUAGUUCGAAUUCACUCCCUGUAUCGAACAGAAUCGAACUCUCGCGAGAUUUAAGCUGAACGAGAAUACUGAUGUGUCUUGUAUCCUAGCAACAGGAGAGUCAGUCAUGGCGGAUGAUAAAGACUCCGCAGGAGCUGUAGUGACUGCGCUGCAAAGGAGAAUCAGUUCUGUGUUCGAUGUGUUUGAUCACGAGUCUAAUCACACUGUGGACAUCAGAGAGAUUGGCACUAUAAUCCGUUCACUUGGAUGUUUCCCUACAGAGGCUGAGCUACAUGACAUUAUUGCUGAGAUAGAAGAAGAGGAGGCUACUGGAUUUAUUCAGUUUGAGAAAUUCCUCCCUGUCAUGACCAAAAUAUUAAUGGACAACAAAUUUCGUCCCAUUCCUGAAGAUUUACUCCUACAAGCAUUUGAGGUGUUGGACCAGCAGAAGAACGGACAUCUGGAACCAGAAGAACUCACCAAGUAUCUUACACAGGAAGGAGAGCCGUUCUCUCAUGAAGAAAUGGAGGAAAUGCUCUCAGCUGCGCUCGAUCCUGAUAAACAGGUUGUCUUCUACAGAGAGUUUGUUGGCAUGAUGACCCUUGAUGACUCACGCUAAAUGUGGUAACCAUGGUAACCAAGGAGAUGCCACUCUUCAUCAUUUGACUUGAUGACGUGUUUAUAAUGCAAUUAUGUGGAGAAGUAAAGACCAACAUACACACUCACACACUCACACACACACACACACACACACACACACUAGAGAUGGCAGUGUUUAAAGGAAACACUUUAAAAUGGGACUCAAAUUAAAAUCAGUGUUUCAGUACAAAAAUAUUCUUUUUUUUAUAAUUCUGUGGAUCAUCACUUUGGGAUGAAAAAAAGCAAACCAUGUUAAUGAAUAAUAAUUAGGCAAAAGUUUGUGAAUGCCCAAUAAAAUGCUCUCAAGAAUUGUUUACUUUAUAAUAAACAGGAUUCAUCAGUG